AUGACCCAAUCUCUCGAGUCUUCCCGGCCCAUCCUGGCCAGCUCUACUGGCAACCGCGCCUCAACACGCAUGUCGACCUACAGCACCGCACCCACUCUCACUCCCUCGGUCGCGCCCUCACACCUUUCGACAGCCUCAUCGACCGCCGGCGACCCAAAAGCACAAGAGAUCAAGUCGUGGAACGAAGGCUUUGAGCGUCUCGAAGACAAGCGCCUUGUGCAACAACGCUACAUGCUCAACAACGAGAAGACAGACAACAUGAGCAAGCUCGCGCUCGGCGCAAAACUGGACCGCGCCCUUGCGCGACGCAUGUCAGGACAGGACGCCGUUUUCCGACCCAAGGUCCUCAACGAGAAGAAGGUGGAGGUAUAA